AUGCCGACAAUCGCUUUCCACAUGCGGUUCUCAUUCGACCGCUCCCUCGCCAAAUUCGAGCUCGACAGGGAGAGCCUCCUCCGUACGCUGCAGGACAAGACGACCAUACCACUGGAUGGUCUGGCCAGCGGUGCUGUCAUCUUCAGGCCCCUCGAACCCGUGCCGCAGGUCCUCCUCAUCCAGCGGGCUCCGACGGAUUCCAUGCCGCUCAAGUGGGAAGUGCCUGGCGGAGCCGUCAACAAGGGAGAGGACGCCAUGCUCGGGGCAUCUCGGGAGGUCGGCGAGGAGACGGGCUUGAUUGUGGGCCGCAUGGACGCUCUGAUAGCCCAUGAGGGAGGGGCGGAUGACGAGCUGGACGGGGGCUACAUAUUUCGUACCACCAGGGGAAAGACGAUUAUCAAGUUUACCUUUGCGGCUCAGCUAGAGUCGCAUAGAGACCCCGUCCGGCUAGAUCCGAAAGAGCAUGUGGAUUAUGUCUGGGCCACGGAGGAAGAGUGUCGCCAUGAGGAAGCCAUGGAGUCCCCACCACCCUCCUCAGACCUCGACUUUGCCGAAUUCUUCGACCCGUCCAAGCCAUUACAAGGCAUUGUGGUAUGCUGCACCAGCAUUCCCGCUCAUGAGCGUACCGACCUGGGCAACAAGGUCGCAGAGCUCGGAGGCCGCCACGAAUACGAUCUGACCCCCAAAACCACACACCUCGUCGUUGGCGAGUACGAGACGACCAAGUACCGACAUGUCGCCAAGCAGCGACCCGAUAUCAGGCCAAUGGCCAUAGGCUGGAUCGAUGCCGUGCGGAAUCUCUGGGUGAGGGAUGACCCCAUCGAGUUCAAAGCGCUGGAGAACCAAUGGGCCCUCAAGACGUUCGAGACCCGAGGCGAGAUCCCCCAGGACGCUGAUGACGAGGAUGGUCCGGGCAACAAGCUCAAAUGCUGUGUCAGUGGCUUGUUGGAGGAAGAACGCUCCGAGAUUAUUGCCAAGAUCAAGGCCAACGGCGGUAAAUAUACGGGCAACCUUGACAAGUCCUGCACCCACCUUAUCGUACGCGAACCGACGGGAAAGAAAUACUCUGCUGCCAGGAGGUGGGGCCAACAUAUCGUCACCAAGAAAUGGGUCGAGGACAGCAUCGAGCGCGGCAUGAUUCUCGACGAGGCAUGUUACGAUCCUCAUCUGCCCGAAGAAGAAAUUGGCAAGGGCGCAUGGGUCAAGCGGGAUGUCCGUCGAAAGUCGCUGGGCAAGCGUCUGCGAGAGGCCGCCGAGGGGCAGGAAGGCGGUGGCAGGCGGAAGUUGAGGAAGACUGCCAGCAUGAAACUGAACAGCCAGAGGGACAACAUGUGGGGGGAGAUUCUCGGCCAACAGCCCUCCCUCGACCAGUCUGCGGCCUCGCUCCCAGCCGAAGUGCCAACCCAACCUCUCCCCGGCGACUCCAUGUUGCGACAGCCCAGUGCGUCGAUCUCGCGUGCUGGCGUGGUCAAGGACUCUAUUGGAGGAGUGGAUGAAGGGGUGGAUGACGUCUUUGCUUCUUGUUCCUUCUACAUCUACGAGUUCCCUCCGGCACACGUCGACGUCAUCGUUCCCUUCAUCACUUCGCGAGGGGGCGAGGUUGUGGCAUCUCUAGGCGAGCUACGACCGGUCAAGGGUGUGCGGCGCUGCUUUGUUGUCGUGCCGCAGCAGUCUGACCCCAAGACUCACCCACCGCUGUUGGAUGGAGUAGACGUCAUCACUGAGUUCUUCAUCGAGAAAUGCGUCUAUAAAAAGGGUACGACCUUGCCAGACCCACGGGCACAUGUCAUUGGCAGGCCGUUUCCCGUCUUUCCCCUCGGCGGCUUUGACCAGCUCUCAAUAGCCACCAGCGGCUUUCUGGACAUCGAGCUCAACCAGGUAGAGAAGGUGGUUCGUCAGCUAGGAGCGCGGUAUGAGGAGCGCUUCACUGCGCAAUGUUCUGUGCUGGUCUGCACUUCCUUGGCCGGCGCGAGGAGACAGAAGCUCCAGCUAGCCCUCUCGUGGGGGGUGUCUAUCGUCAAAGCGGAGUGGCUGUGGGAUUGUAUAACACGGGGCCAAAAGCUGGCAACAGAUGACUACUUGUUCCCAGAGCUGAAGUCUAGAGCAACUGACAGAAGUCGGUUAUCUAAGCCUUUCAACAGGUCAAAGUCGGUCUCGGAUAUGCCAAAGAAAAACACUUCUCAGCCCCUGACAUCACGCACCGUUUCUCUGGCACGAAACACAUUGGCUGGUCCGGACAUGUCAGCCUUCGAUACCACACCGCUUGUGGCCACGGAGCCUCCUCGUCCUGGGUCUCAUGCAGACAAUUUGGUCAAGAACUCGAAUCUCACCUCCGAAUUCGAGACAGCCCCAACGCACCAGCCUGAGGAGGACAUGGAUACUCAGCAUCUGCCGCCGCUACCUGAAUCGAGGCGCGGAUCUCACGCCCUGGUGGAGAAAUCCGCAAAUGACCUCAACAAGAACUCUAUCAGGGAGCGGCCUCCUUCACAACCCUCCCGCAAGCCACUCGCACGCAUCCGCAGCGAGGUGUGCGACUCCGAAGCCGGUGACGAUGAUGAGUUGGACACUCCCUAUGGCGAUACCGAGGGUACUGCCUCUGAGUAUACGACGGUCCAAAAGUCAGUCGAGGUUGGGAAAUGCCGUAUUGAGCAAGAGAAGGCUGAAAAGGCCGCAGCCGAGCACCAGGCCCUCUCGAACAGACUCACCUCCCUCUUAGCGGGCACUGCUACCAAUGCUGGCGGCAGUAGCCUCGAGGGAAGUGUUCAAAGCAUCAGCGCCGAGUCUGCUGCUGCCGCACCCCUACCGGCCAGGCGUAGGCGCAAAAUCAUCGGCCGUGUGAUCAGCAACGCCUCUGUCGUAUCCAACGGUAGCGAGGGGUCGUCGACCGGCGCCCGCGGGCCCAUGGGGCGCACCCACUCUGUAGUGCUUCACGAGGACGACUCGCCUGGCGAGGAGGAGCCGGCAGCUGCUGGGCCCACGGCCACGCAGCUCCAGUACGACGACCCAGAGGCGACGCGGAACAAGCAGCGGCUCAUGAGCAGGAUGCUCGGGCAACGAGGCAGCCCUGAUGCUGGAAUGCGGGUGGUCGAAGCAUGCGUCGUCGUUGAUUAA